AUGGAGGCCUAUGUGGGCAAUGUGAGCAAAUGUGCGGUGGCCAGCGAGCUAGUCGAGUGCCUAGAGAGCGUUUGCGGUCGCGGCACAGUAGUCUCUUGCUCGAUCGAUACCGCCCACGCGAACUGGAUGUCCCGCGGCUACGCCUUUGUCCAGUUCGCCACCGCCGAGGCCUCGCAGCUAGCGUCCCAGCUCGCCGCCGAGAACGCACUGCUCUUCUACGGCAGAGCUCUGCGGAUCCAAGCCCGCAAGGCCGUCACGCACGGACCCAUCCGGGGGGACGAGCGCGUGGAAGGGAUCGUUCUCACCAUGGGAUUCGCGAGAGGUGAGAGUGGCAUCGACUGUCUCUGGUCGUGCUCCGGUGUGGCUGCCGAGUUUUGCUUUGGCAGUUGCCAGCUGAAUUUGCUGCUCCAGCACGAUGGUGUCGAUUACAAGCUCGAGCUGCUGUUUAGAAAUCUACGGUUCGUGGAUGCGUUUGUCGAGACCUCGCAAGCUAGCCAUCUUCUUCUCCAGCUCUUUCGACCACCGCUUGUCUUCCAAGGCCUUCCAUCUCCAUCCGAGCAAGGCAAUCCAGUGCUGGACACCCCGCUCGCGAUUCUUCGCCACUUCAAGGCCGUGAGAUCCAACAGCUACAACUAUAAGUACUCCAAGUUUGCGAAAGAACCAACAUGGACUCGCAGCACCGAUUUCACUCCCGGCAAGGCCAUCUCGCAGUCUCUCGUCUACUGCCUCGAGUUCCCUUCCGACUUGUCCGACGAGCAGGCGCUCAAGAUCUCCAAGAGCUUGUCCGGUUACGACACUUCUUCCAUGGAUCGAGCGCUCACUUUGGUGGCUGGCGAGUCGUAUGCUUUGCAGCAGGAGCUUUCUCCCAUUCUCAGCAUCACCGAGGACGAUGGUGCUCCUCUUCCUUUCGACAUCGUCUACAAGAUCAACUUCCUGGUCCAGUCCGGGUAUAUGAGCCCGGCGUCGGUCACUCGCGAGCUCUUUACACUGCUCCAAGGCUUUCCGGAGAAACUUUGCCUCUCGGCACUGGACAAGCUCGUCUCUCCCGCUGGAAACGUGAGUCUGGACGCCUUCUCGACGAUCGAGAGCUAUCUCAAAUGCCACCAUCGCCGCUCGGAGCUUGUGGAGCCGGAUGGAGGAUACACUUACGUCAAGAGGCUGGUCGUCACCCCGACUAAAGUCUACUGCACGGGACCCGAGCUGGAGCGAUCGAACGGGGUCACCCGACGCUACAAGGACUUUGCUGCAAACUUUCUGCGCGUUUCUUUUGUGGACGAAAACUUUGAAACCCUGUACGCGGACGCCGUUCGACUGCCAACCAAAGUCUCUGUGCAAAUCGGCCUUCUUCCGGAGCCUUCGAGCGUCUAUCACCGAGUUCUAGCGGUGGUCCGAGAUGGCGUGACGAUUGGUGGCAAGAAGUUUAAGUUCUUGGGCUUCUCGGCCAGCCAGCUCCGCGAGCACUCGCUGUGGAUGUUUGCCGACGCCGGCAGCGUCACUGCCGAGAGCAUCCGAGCGUGGAUGGGUGACUUUGGCGGCUUCACCAACAUUGCAAAGUGUGCUGCUCGAAUCGGCCAGAGCUUCUCGUCGUCCAGGAGCUCGCUCGAGGUGCUGGAGGAUGAGCUCUCGUCCGUGGAAGACAUCUACUGCGGCACACGCUACUGCUUCUCGGAUGGAGUCGGGAAAAUCUCCAAGGCGUUUGCGACGAGCGUGGCAAGAGCUUGCAACAUGCCGGUGGUUCUUUCGGCACUCCAGAUUCGCUACGCUGGCUACAAAGGGGUUGUUGCGGUUGAUCCAACUUGCUCGACCAAGCUCUCCCUGAGACCGAGCAUGCUAAAGUUCCCCUCAGAAAGAACAGGCCUGGACGUUCUCAAGGCGUCGCAGUACGCUCCAUACUACUUGAACCGGCAGAGUAUCAUCCUCAUGACGACUCUCGGAGUUCCGGACGAGGUGUUCGAGCGGAUGCAAAAGGAGGAGCUCAAAAUCCUCGAUGAGAUGCUGAGCGAUCCACAAACAGCGAUUGAAGUCUUGAGAUCUUCGUCCUCGGGUGGCGAGGCUCACUCGAUCAUGGUGGCGAUGCUCCAGGCGGGAUAUAAACCAGCUCACGAGCCAUUCUUGCGGAGGUUGCUGGACAACUUUCGAUCGCUGCAGCUCUACCUCCUCCGGACGAAGUCUCGGAUCUACGUCCCGAAAGGCCGCUGCUUGCUGGGAUGCCUGGACGAGACUGGAGUUCUCGACUACGGACAGGUCUUCGUGCAAGUGUCUCCAACGCCAGGAACUCGCAGAGUCGUGGACGAUGGCCUGGACGAUGCGAGGCCUCGCAGGGGAGUGACACGGAGCGAGAGCGCCUGCGUUGUUCUCGGGAAAGUCGUCGUCACCAAGAAUCCUUGCUUACACCCGGGAGAUCUCUUGGUCUUGGAAGCCGUGGACGUUCCGGGACUUCACCAUAUGAUCGACUGCGUGGUCUUCCCACAGCGAGGAAAGAGGCCUCAUCCCAACGAGUGCUCCGGAAGUGAUCUCGAUGGUGAUCUCUACUUCGUCACCUGGGACAAAUCUCUCGUACCACCAGUGACUCACGAGCCGAUGGAUUACGAGCCCGGUACCGCCGCCAAGCUCGACCAUUCAGUGACUCUGGAGGAAAUCCAGCGGUUCUUCGUCGACUCGAUGGUUCACGAUAGCCUGGGAGUGAUCUCGAAUGCUCACCUUGUUCACGCUGAUAAGGAGCUGGAAAGAGCCAAGGAUCCAAAAUGCUUGGAACUCGCGAGGCUCGCAUCAACCGCCGUCGACUUUGCAAAGACUGGCAUCCCGGCCGUGAUUCCCGUAGAUCUUCGUCCCAGGGACUAUCCCGACUUCAUGGAGAACGAGUUUAAAUCGACGUAUACUUCGCAGAGUGUGCUGGGGAAGCUCUACCGGUCGCUCCAGUCCAAUGGAAGAAUUUUCUCGCAGAGAUCAUCAGCAGUGGCAGCAUCGCCGAAGGAGAUGGAUCAAGAGUUUGAUCGUAGCUUGACCGUAGAUGGAUACGAGCAGCACGUCUCCGAGGCACGGUCGCUCAAGGAGCUCUAUGAUACGAAGCUGGAGCGUUUGCUGCGGCACUAUGAGAUAACCGAGGCCGAGAUUGUAACUGGGAAUGUGCUGUGCCUCGGGAAAGCCAACGAGAAGACGAAGCGUAACGAUACGAGAGAUAGGAUCGCUUGCGCCAUGAAGUCUCUUGCCAAGGAAGCUGGGAGAUGGUUUGAGGCCGGACUAAACGAGCACCAAUUGGCGAAGGCGUGUGCUUGGUACCAUGUCACGUAUCAUCCGGAGUUUCGUAAAGGGAGUAACGUCGAGUCUUUGAGCUUUCCAUGGGUGGUGCCCGCGGUUGUGGAAAAGCUUGUGAGCCUCAAGAGAGCAAAGAGCUGGAUUGAAUAGUCAUGGACC